AUGGAGGUGAAGCAGGAGGUGAUGGAGGUGAAGCAGGAGGUGAUGGAGGUGAAGCAGGAGGUGAUGGAGGUGAAGCAGGAGGUGAUGGAGGUGAAGCAGGAGGUGAUGGAGAUGAAGCAGGAGGUGAUGGAGGUGAAGCAGGAGGUGAUGGAGGUGAUGGAGGUGAAGGAGGUGAAGCAGGAGGUGAUGGAGGUGAUGGAGGUGAAGCAGGAGGUGAUGGAGGUGAAGCAGGAGGUGAUGGAGGUGAAGCAGGAGGUGAUGGAGGUGAUGGAGGUGAAGGAGGUGGUGAUGGAGGUGAUGGAGGUGAAGCAGGAGGUGAUGGCGGUGAAGCAGGAGGUGAUGGAGGUGAAGCAGGAGGUGAUGGAGGUGAUGGAGGUGAAGGAGGUGAAGCAGGAGGUGAUGGAGGUGAUGGAGGUGAAGCAGGAGGUGAUGGAGGUGAAGCAGGAGGUGAUGGAGGUGAAGCAGGAGGUGAUGGAGGUGAAGCAGGAGGUGAUGGAGGUGAAGCAGGAGGUGAAGGAGGUGAAGCAGGAGGUGAUGGAGGUGAAGCAGGAGGUGAUGGAGGUGAAGCAGGAGGUGAUGGAGGUGAAGCAGGACGUGAAGCUGGAGAAAUUAUGA